AUGAGCGACUCUCCCAGUUCUAAGACUUCGUCUUCGUCCGCCGCUUCCCCUUCCACCGCCGAUCAGAUUGUGGGGAGGAGUCUUGACGGGGGUGGUACUCAAUCACUGGGAAUUGACGUACCCCGGAAAUGGCACGAUGUUUUCUGGUCAGGAAUCUUUUCAGUUCAUCUCAUUGGAAUAGGGUUUGCUCUAGUGAUGUUGGGCUUCAAUAAGUUCAGGGGAAAGAAUAGGUUUCAUCUCGAUAUAUAUCAUGGUGAUGGCAGCCAUGGGUGGGGUUACACCGAGGAUUACUGGCCCAUUUAUGCUUUGGCUGGCGGAAUUGGGACUCUACUUGGUUGGGCUUGGUUGUUGAUGCUUGGUUCUUUUGCCAAUCAGAUGAUGAACAUCGCUGUCCAUAUCUUGACCACUUAUCUUGCAGUUAUUAGUGUUCUGUGUUUCUGGUCCGAGCAGUUCUUCUGGGGUGUGACGUUUGCUAUUGGAGCUGGAUUGCAGUUUCUGUAUGUUAUAUCAGUUAUAGACCGACUUCCUUUUACCAUGCUGGUUCUGCAAAAGUCAGUGAAGAUGGUAUGGAGUCUUCCUGAAGUCCUGAGAGUUGCAUAUGCAUUCAUGCUAGUAGUGCUUUUAUGGAUGGUAUUAUGGUCUUUUGGAGUAGCUGGAGUGCUGGCUUUGAACUUGCCCGAUGGUGGUGGCUGGUGGCUUCUUUUGGUUUUGUCAAUAAGCUUGUUUUGGACGGGUGCAGUGAUAUGUAAUAUGGUACACGUUAUAGUUUCUGGAAUGGUGUUCCUUGUUCUCAUCCACGGUGGCCGAGAUGCUGCAUCAAUGCCUCCCAACUCCUUGAUGAAGGCUAUAAAAUACACUCUCACGACCUCUUUUGGCAGCAUUUGCUAUGGUUCACUGUUCACUGCUGCAAUUCGGACAUUGCGUUGGGAGAUCAGAGGGUUGAGGUCAAAGAUAGGAAAGAAUGAGUGCUUGCUUUGCUGUGUCGAUCUUAUGUUUCAUCUUGUGGAGACUCUUGUCCGUUUCUUCAACAAGUAUGCCUAUGUCCAGAUAGCUGUAUCUGGGAAAGGGUUUAAUCGAUCAGCACGGGAUGCGUGGGAGCUAUUUCAGUCAACUGGAGUUGAGUCACUGGUUGCAUAUGAUUGUUCAGGUGCUGUUCUUUUGAUGGGAACAAUAUUAGGUGGGCUUAUCACAGGGACUUGUGCGGCAAUAUGGACUCAUUUCAAGUGGGAAGCCAAGAAUGAGAGAAUGCUAAUGGUUGGAUCCACUGCAAUGUUGAUGGGGAUGGUCUUGGUUGGAGUUGCAAUGGUGGUUGUUGAGAGCGCCGUUACGUCGAUGUACAUAUGUUAUGCAGAAGACCCGUUGCUAAUCCACAGGUGGGACGCCGAGUUCUUCAACCAGUUGUCGGAAGCGUUACACCAGCGCCUUCGACACAGAAGUGCUCGAGGGCGGGAAGUAUUGACCCAGAAUAGGUUUGAUGUUAACAUACAAGAAUCUGUAUCUCUUUGA